AUGAGUGACGGCAGGAGGAGGAAGACGACAGACAGACAGCUGCCGACGCUCCGAGUCGGCCCGGAUGGCACCGAGCUCCCGCUGAACGCCGGCGGGCCCGCAGCACGCAAGUGGCGCGUCGGGGGGUGGGUGGGGGGGCUGCGCGUCAAGCUGAGAGAAGCCGCCAUGGACGGCAAAGGCACCCUGAAGAUGUUCAGCAGGCACAAGAGACGGGAGCUCAUCAAGACUCCCUGUCCAUCCUCCCGGAGCAGCCCCGGAGGGACGGCGGCGACCCGGCGCUGGCCUCCUCGCCCUGCCCGUCCUCGGCCUCGUCCACCCUCGCCCCGGCCUCCGCCGGCCUGCAGGACGCCUCGCUGUCCUGCCCGGGCACCCCCAGCUUCCAGCACGGCAAGCUGGCCGCCCUGCAGGGGGGGGGGCUGCCCGUCGCCCGCCUCCACCCUGAAGAGGCCGACCGCCCUGAGCCGCCACGCCAGCGCCGCAGGCUUCCCGCUGCCCUCCUGGGUCCACACGCGGGGCCAGGGCCGGGGGGCGCUGACCCCCUCCCCGCAGUCGGAGGGCCCGGAGAGCACGGCCAUCGAGGUGGAGGACAUCCCGGCGCUGCUGCGGGACGUGGCGCGCUUCGCCGAGGCCGUGGAGAAGCUGAAGGACGUGGUGCUGGCCGAGGGUAAGGAGAGCCAGCGGCCCGUGGCCCACGAGUGUCUGGGGGAGGUGCUGCGGGUUCUGCGGCAGGUCAUCAACACCUACCCGCUGCUCAACACCAAGGACUUCGAGAAGGCCAUUGAAACCAUCGCAGUGGCGUUUAGCAGCAACGUGUCUGAACUGCUGAUGGGAGAGGUGGACAGCAGCACUCUGCUCUCCCUGCUGCCCACUGAGAAGAGCAGGUCCAUGGAGAACCUGUACGCUGCGUCUGGCCAGGGGGCAGAGGGGGGGCACUUCAGGAGCGACCUGCAGGACAUGGGCCGGGUGGAGGAGGUGGAUGUGAUCCUGCAGCACAGUGAGGGGGGGGUGGACUCGGCCCUGCUCUACGCCAAGACCAUUUCCAAGUACAUGAAGGACCUGAUGAGCUACGUGGAGAAGAGGACUUCGCUGGAGGCGGAGUUCUCCAAAGGCCUCCAGAGACUCUAUCAGUCCUGCAAGCACAGCAUCACACACCCCCACAUGCCGCUCUUCUCCAUCUACUCCCUGGCGCUGGAGCAGGACCAGGAGCAGAGCGUGGGGCUCCAGCAGGCCAACACCACCCUCCACAACCAGACCUUCAUCCAGCCUCUGAUACAGCGCAAGCAGGAGCACGAGAAGAGGAGGAAGGAGAUUAAGGAGCACUGGAUCCGAGCCAAGAGGAAACUGAUGGAGUGUGAGGCCAACCUGCGGAAGGCGAAGCAGGGCUACACGGCUCGCUGCGAGGAGUACGAGAAGGCCAAAACGGCGGCUUGUCGGGCCGAGGAGGAGGGAGGGGGAUCCACCGCCAAGUCCGUGGAGAAGAAGAAACGGCUGGAGGAGGAGGCCCGGAAUAAGGCGGACGAGGCGGAGGCCACCUACCGCACCUGCAUAGCGGACGCCACCACCCAGCAGCUGGAGCUGGAGCACACAAAGGUCACCGUCCUGCGGCAGCUGCAGGACGUCAUCAAGCAGAGCGACCAGACCCUCCGCUCGGUCAGAACCCGCCUUCCCCCUCCCCUCGACGUCCGGCUCAGCGCCGCCCCUUUAACCGGCUCCCGUCCCCCUUUCCAGGCCACCAUCUCCUACUAUCAGCUCAUGCACAUGCAGACGGUGGCCCUGCCCGUGCACUACCAGACGCUGUGCGAGAGCAGCAAGUUGUACGACCCCGGCCAGCAGUACGCCGCCCACGUGCGCGACCUGCAGCUGCCCGGCCAGCCCAACGUCCACUACGCGUUCGAGGCCUUCUGCCCCUCCGCCUCCUCAGCACACCACGGUCACAGGCCGAGAAACGACAGCUUCAACACGAGCGACUCACAGACCAGUCAGACGGAGGGGCCGGCCAGCAGCGUGGAUUCGGGCGUCGCAGACUCGGAGGCUCAACGCAAGAGUAAGUCUUGUGUGACCGCCUGCUGCCCGCCGCGGGCCCCGGAGAGGCGGACUUCGUUCUCACAUUCCGCCGUUUCUGCCUCGUUCCCAGGACAGGGCCACAAGUCGUGGGGGUCGACGGUGAGCGCCGACAGCGUCGGGGGAGACGGGGGUCCGGACUCCCCCACAACCAGCAACAGUGACAUUUCUAAAAUCGCUCGCACGUCAUCUACUGCGACGAUGUCGUCUGACGAGGAUCCAGAUGAGAAGGACGGAAACGUGGGCUCUUUUGAAACUCCAGGUCAGUGGUCCAGGUUUUUCCUCUCCCGGUGGGGACCGCUACCGGUCCCUAAAGUGCCCGUGUUUCCCCGCGCAGACAUCAACGGCAUGGAGCCGGACGUGGUGGUCUCCACCAGGCCUUUCCGGAACAUCGGCCUGUCCAAGGCGGCCCAGACGCAUCGCCUGAGGAAGCUGCGCACCCCCUCCAAGUGCCGCGAAUGCGACAGCUACGUUUACUUCCAGGGAGCCGAGUGCGAGGAGUGUUUCCUGGCCUGUCACAAGCGCUGUCUGGAGACUCUGGCCAUCCAGUGCGGCCACAAGAAGCUGCAGGGCCGCCUGCAGCUGUUCGGCCGGGACUUCACUCAGGUGGCCAGCUGCGCCAGCGACGGCAUCCCCUUCAUCAUCACCAAGUGCAUCUCCGAGAUCGAGAGGCGCGCGCUCAAAAUGAAGGGAAUCUACCGAGUCAAUGGAGUGAAGACUCGAGUGGAGAAGCUCUGCCAGGCGUUUGAAAACGGCAAGGAGCUGGUGGAGCUGUCCCAGUGUUCCCCGCACGACAUCAGCAACGUCCUCAAGCUGUACCUCCGACAGCUGCCAGAGCCCAUCAUGCCCUUCCACCUUUACAACAGGCUGAUGGGUUUGGCCAAGGAAAGCCUGCAGAAUGAGGCCGAGACCCCCGAGGGGGAGGAGCCGGGGGGCCCUAACCCGCUGGUGAGCAGGGGCCACGAGCUGGUGGACCUGGGCUCCGAAACGGAGCCGGAAAUCCUGGUUCUGGUGAACGGCGUGAAGGGGCUCCUGCAGGAGCUGCCCAAGGCCAACAUGGCCACGCUGCGCUACAUCGUUCGCCACCUACGGAGGAUCGCAGAGCUGGAAGAAGAUAACAAAAUGAGCCCCAGUAACCUGGGGAUCGUGUUUGGGCCCUCCCUCAUGCGGCCCCGCCCCACCGGGGCCACCAUAUCGCUGUCCUCCCUGGUGGACUACCCUCACCAGGCCCGCGUGGUGGAGGCCCUCAUAGUCUUCUAUUCCUCCAUCUUCCAGUCCAAAAGCUCCCAGUCCAACAAAGGCUCCCGGCCUGCCUCCACCUCCACUCAGCAGGAAAAUGCUGUAUGCAGCAAGACGGAGAGCUCUGCAGAUGGAGAAGACGACGGCAGCAAAGAGGAGCAGAACAAAAUGGAGGAAGGAUGUGGAAGUUCUUUGGGGUCUCUGGGCUCCAGCGAGCAGCUCCCAGACUCGGACUCGGAGCCGGACGACGGCGUCCAGAAGAGCCUGAGGAAGCAGGAGAGCGAGGCCAGCGUGGACGAGGACCGGCUGAGCUACAGGGACAGCCUGGACCUGUCCGCCCACACCGACCCCGAGCACGACCCGGACCAGGAUGCCGAGCCCCCGGAGGGGGGAGGGGAGCCCUCGGGGGAGCCCCCCGCGCUGCCUGACGUCGGGCCCCCGGACUGCGAGGAGGCGGCCGCAGAGGGGCGGGGUCUGAUGGCCUCGCUGGCUGAGCUCAACGUGAACCAGUCCAACAACAACCAGCCCUGCUCGCCCAUCCUGACGCUGGGGGGGCUCCCCCUGGCACGCCCCCGCGGGGGGAAGUUGCCCCUGACCAGGAACCGCGACAGCAAGCCCGAGUUUGCAAAAGAAGAAGCACCAACUACGGUCUGUGCUGAGGCACAGAGAGCAAAGCGGCCCGAAAGCAGCCACGGCAUGCCUUUCAGGAAGAAAAAGAAGUUUCACAACACGCUGCGGGGCGGAGUCACGUGCUGCCACAAUGAACAAUCGGCCAAAUAUUCUAUAAAUUUCGCCUCCUCUGACAAAAUGAGGCCGUUAUAUGUGAUUUUGGCUGUUGGGGCCGUCGCAAGCAGCGGAGCUCUACUGGCGAUGGUACUGUACUUUGUUUUGCCCACAACGUCUACUCCAACAGAGGACUGGCAGAGAGCCACAUCUAUCUAUGAAUUCAAUGCUACAGACAUUGAUGGAAAUGUGACUUCCCUUGAGAAAUACAGAGGGGAUGUUGUCAUCAUCACCAAUGUUGCCUCUAGAUGAGGCAAAACCCCAGUAAACUACUCUCAGUUUGCUCAGAUGCACGCCAAGUACGCUGAGAGAGGUUUACGCAUCCUCGGCUUCCCUUCCAACCAGUUUGGGAAUCAGGAGCCGGGCGAUGAAACUCAGAUCAAGCAGUUUGCGGAGUCGUACAACGCUCAGUUCGACCUGUUCAGCAAGAUCGAGGUGAACGGCGACAACGCCCACCCUCUGUGGAAGUGGCUGAAAGAGCAGCCCCAGGGAAAGGGCACAUUUGGAAAUAGCAUCAAGUGGAAUUUCACCAAGUUUUUGAUUAACAGAGAGGGUCAGGUGGUGAAGAGAUACGGGCCCCUCGAUGAUCCAAGCGUGGUGGAGAAGGAUCUUCCCAAAUACCUUUAAACACCUGAAAGAUGCCAGAUUCCCAGUUGAUUUCCGAUAAAUGCUUACUCCAUUCAUGCUGUCCAGCCACGGCUUCUGAUCCCACUUUUCACUCCCUGAGGACCAACAGAUAUAGCUUGAGUCCAUCCCAGACCAGUGAUGGUUCUGCUCGUAAACCCGCUUGGCGGACAGGGCAGACCUGAUGAAAAGGGCGUGCAAACCUCCUGGGAGGAUUUCAAAACAUAUAUUCUUGCGGUUCUCUGGAGUAAAAGAGAUAAGAUCCUUCAACACAGCAUAAAAUCUUCAGCAGCUCUGAAUUUUCCCAUGUCUUAAUAAAAUGAGUGUUUAUUUAAAAUCAUA